ACAACGAGCCUUCACAUCAGUUGAAAGUCGGCCAUGGGGCAGCAAACAUCUCCUAGUGGGUUGUCAUUCGUUCUUGUACUAGUUGUCUGCUCCCUAUUGCCACUGCAUCAUGUUCAAGGGAAACCUAAUCUUCUUCGAAAUUUAGGAGAUAAAGACACCAUUCAGGAGUCUCAUCCCAAUGCCUUGACCACGGGAUUUCGGUGCAUGGUUUGCCAUUGGGGAGCAGCCUUGAUGGUGGAUUAUGAGCGAGCAGGAAGGUCCAAAGAAGAAUUCCUCUCUAUCACGGCCAGAUUGUGCAGCUUCUUCGGUAUUCAUGGAAAAGAUAUUUGCCACGGAAUGGUUCACAAUGUAGGUGAGCAAAUGUUCCACAUUAUGCAAGAAGGAAAUGGGACGAUUCACGCUUGGGAUAUUUGCGCUUUGGUCGAAGAAGGGCAAUGUACUGGUCACAGUAAAAGGAUUAACAAUUGGUCCUUGAAGAUCCCCGAUUUGAAUCGGCCGCAGCAAGCGCUAGUUCCUCGUUAUCCUGUAAAACCAGUGAAAACACAAAAGAUCUUACAUCUUUCCGAUCCUCACGUUCAAAGAGACUACCAAAUAGGAGCAAACGCGGAAUGUGGUGAACCGGUUUGUUGCGCUAGAAUCAAUGGAUACCCUGUGAAUAGAAAGCUAGCUGCGGAUAAACUUGGCGACUACAGAUGUGAUCUUCCUCCGUGGACCUUGGAUGCGUUCAUGAAUGAAAUUCGCCAACGCCACCCUGACAUUGAUUACAUUUUCGUGACUGGAGAUUACCCUGCACAUGAUGUUUGGCGCCAAAAUCGCACUGGUAACUUGGAGAGCACCAAAGUAGUGGUGAACGUAAUCCAAAAGCAUUUUCCAAAUACUCCUGUCUUUCCAACCAUUGGAAAUCACGAGGCUUUUCCCGUAAACAUGUUUCCCGAUAUCAAUGAAACAGGUCGCUAUAAUCCUGGAUGGCUCUAUGCCAAUCUGGCAAAGUUUUACAAGGAUUGGCUUCCAGGCAAGAUCCAGCAAAAGACCAUUAAACGCGGGGGCUAUUACUCUACGCAUAUUCGACCAGGGGUUAAGUUGAUCUCUGUGAACACCAAUGUCUGCAAUAAUUUCAAUUUCUGGCUCCUCCUGGAUUUCAACGACCCCAUUGGCCAUUUGCAUUGGAUUUACAAGGAACUUCAUAAAGCCGAACUAAACAAGGAAAAGGUGUUCAUUAUUGGUCACAUUCCACCUGGAACCAAAUCAUGCUACAAUCAAUGGGCACACGAGUAUGGAAGAAUUGUCCACAGAUUUAACAACACAAUUCUCGGACAGUUUUUUGGUCACACUCACUUUGACGAAUUUGAGAUCUUCCAUAACGGACGCACUCCCAUCAGCAUGGCCUACCUUGCUCCAAGCUUGACUCCUGGAGGGGGGCUUAACCCUGCUUAUCGAAUCUACGAGAUUGAUGGGAAUCACAACGAUAGUACAAACCUCAUCCUGGAUCAUUCUACCUCAUACUUUGACUUGCAAGCAAGUAUCCAAGCUUCAUCCCUAGUCCACGUCGAGGAGUAUUCUGCCAAAAAAGACUUUCACCUCCAUGACUUGUCGCCACAAUCCUGGAGAGACCUAGUUUUCAGAAUGGCGGAAGAUGAAGCCUUGUUCAAGAAAUUUCUAGCCUACUUCUUUCGUUUUGGUCCCGCUUUAGCCAAUCCAUGUGGCGUUAGCUGUCAAAAAGAAAUCCUUUGUCAGCUGUCGACGGGCGCCUCCGGUGAUCAGAGCUUCUGUUUACGGUUAGAGCAGAUGGUUGAUAAAAGAAGCAAUUCGAUUUGGAGCUGGAUUUGGAGCUGAGCAUGAUAAUUAAAAGGCCUCUCCAAAUUUAACAGUGAAGGCUUUGAUGACGGGUGUUACUGAUAAACUCUCUAUAUUUAUAUGUACUGAUUUCGUUUGUUCAAGAUUUAAUUGAUAUUUAACAUGGUGGUAAAUGUGCCGUCCAAAUCGUCGCUCACACGUUUGAUCUUCAUUUUCUCGCACAAAAGAUCCUCCUCGACUUGAUCGAUGCGAACGUUCAUCCGUUGGAUGUUUUUUAAAGCGUUCUCCUCCCGAUUCUCAGCAGUUUUGAGUGACUCAGCCAGAGAUCGCAUUUGGUUUUGAUAGUUUUCCUCCCUUUUUAAGGCUUUUUCCUCGGAUACCUCCAAUUGCUGAAGGUUUUGCCCAACCAACCGCAGUUCUUCCUCCAAAUCCACGAUCUUCUUUUCCCCCAAUGUACACCGUUCAUUGCUUCUCUCCAAUUCACCUUAAAAGUGCAAAAUUAUGCAAUGAUUCUGAGAUAAAAAAGUCAUGUUAGCAAAAUGAAAAAUAGGGAGUGGCUUGAUAUACUUUUUUCAAAAAGAGAUAUCAAGUUUUUCCUGAAAUAUAAUGGGCGCAAUUAGAAAAAUAAAUGGCAAAUUACCGAAAGUUAUGAAGAAAUAGUUUCUGACUCUGGUUUGGUUCUCAAGGUAUUUGCCUUUUUCUCUCUCAUUUUCUUUUUUUAUAUAUAUUUUCUUUGAGGUGGCGGGGGGAGUAAUUUUUUACGGGGAAUGCAAUCGCCGGUACUAUUAUAGUGAAAGGUUAUAAUUCGUCUAUCUCUUACCUUUUAAUCAUUAUAUUUUAUUUGGUCUACCAACGAAUUUGAGUUGACAGAUUGAGCUAGUCCUUGAAUAUUAUAGGGUUGAUCUGGAAUGCUCCUAAAAAAUUGUCCAAGUCGGACUUGAAAGAUGCUACCGAAUCAAUAAGGCCUACGUAUUCCCUACGAAUAUUAGAGGGAAGCAAAUUGAACACUGAAGGAGCCCGAAAAAGAAGAGAAGUGGACUUCAUUGUUCGAAUUAGCCUGGAAUCUUCGCCAUUAAAAACUAACUUGGCCUCUAAUUGCCAAUGGCUUUACCAUCCAACUCAAAAGGCCCAACAGGGUGUUUCAUCUUUCUCUUAGAGUUUGCAUAAGAGAAAAAACCCUUUGCACUCUAUCUAACAUCCUGGAUCAUUCUGCUCUCUGUUUUCAUUCAACUAGUCGUUUUCGAUGGAGGCCUUAAUCUUACCCAGAAUCAAGCCCAACUUUUUUUGGAGACUAGCCAAAACUACUGGAUUCAAACUGCUUUGAAGCCUUUUUUGCUAGUUUGCAACUCUUUUUGAACAAAGUCUUCCUAUAUUUUGGAAUUUGUGUUCGUGUCCCACCUUUCGGAACACAUUCAGAGAUUGCUAGAUUGGAGCAAACUUCCUCAAAAACUGAGAUUGAUUUUUUAUGGCUGCACCAAUGGACGAUUAAUGUUUUAGAAUUAAACCAGGUAUAGUUCUUGUAAUCUUGUAUGUAUGAUAGUUGGCCUGAAUUUUGAUACAUCGUUUAGGAUAUUUUUUAAAGGACCACUGCAGCAGCGGAAUUGUACCGUAUUAAAAAGUGCAGGCAUUCUUCUGAUUCGAAACAUAAACAGCAAAGUAUGUUGUAUCGGGAUGGAUCCCUUUGUGAAGCUGAAAACAAACCUCAUUAGGGGAUUACGUUCAAUCUCUAUUUAAUCCUUGAUUUUUGCCCCUCUCGAGAGACGAAUCUAAACGAAUUGUGGACAUUUUACCACUCUGCUUUUUCUUUCAAACGUUAGUUUUGAUGCAUGAACUAUUGGAUCUCUUGUUUUAAACCAUGAACCAUUGGAAUAUGGACGAGAUUGUUAGGUUGUAUACAAUAAACAAUUUGGAGGCGAGUGAAUUCAGGCUUUGCCUUCAGGCGAGGCUGGUCCCAGAUUAAAGCAAUCACGUAUUUCAAAUGUCUGCUCAAUAGAAUGGCUAGGUCAAAAAAUUAUGAGGGCUACUCCAUUCAGUCUUGAAAGCGUUAUUUGUGAGUUUUAAGAUGGCAGUACUUUUGAUCCAG